AUGGACACUACAAAGGCCGCAACUCCUACGGUUGACUGGCAAAGCGACCCGUAUUGGCGCAAUCGUCGUCUCUCACCUGCACAGAUACAGAUCCAUGAUGUGCGCCUCGAUGACAGACGUUAUGAAUCCGGCUCGAUGCUGGACAUGCACGAGGUCAUGUCAUCUUCGCUGCUACCAGAACUGGAAAACAGAGAUAGGCUAGCGAGCAGCAUACCUCUGGACGAUGCGGCCAAAAGCGAGCGGGUGCACCUUCAGAAGCUUGCCAUCGAGUUCGGAUGGAUGAAUUGUCUCAGAAGCAACAAGGUGCAAUCGUCAGCUUCCGAUCCACCAGAGCUGCGAAAAUGUCGUUGGAUACACAUAUCCAGCAAAUAUUCAAAUUACCUCUCAGGAUGCCUCGUUGCUUUGUCGGACUGGAGUCAGGAGCCUCAGCAGAUUGUUGCAGCGCUUCGUCAGUUAGAGCACUGCGUAAACCAGCAAGAACGAUUCUCUAAGCACGGAAGGUACUUUGCGCCGUUCUUCCAGCGCUUGAACGACGGUUACAACAACAAAGAAAGGCACGAGGGCCCAAUGCUACUCAGCGUACCCUUUGUAGACUGGACAGUCAAUGGCGAGACACCUCCUCUCAGGUUCCAAGUUGAUACGAGAGAAGGCUAUCAAUCAUCGAGAAGCUCAUCACAUAUGCUGCGCUCGAUCUUACAGCACUUCUAUCGGCUGGAGGAUACAACGGAUCGGGAGUCCCAGCAAGUGUUCACUAGGCACAAUCCCUGGCGGACUGAUCGCGACCUGGAUUUGAAAGUUCGCCGUUGGUAUGGCCAUUACCCAACUAGCCUGAACGUUGACGAACUAUGGAUACUAGUGGUAGAUGCACGCCACGUAGUCACCUUCUCCAGCAACCAAAGCUGGAAGUCGCGAUGGCCGCCGUUACAGCUCUCAGCGAGGAUUGCGGAUAUCUCCUUUCGUGGCAUCCGCAAUGCGUAUAUAAACACCACUGGCGAGCAGGAUUACACGGCUACCACACAUGUCAUCACUGCUCUGAAUGGGGCAUUAGGGAUGUUGCAUCGCAGCUUUUGGUCAGACAUCACGCUCUGUCUUUCAGACAGAUUUGCCAGCUACCUCGGCCACCUGCAAUAUCGUCUGCAUCGGGCCCCAAGUACAAAGCUAGUCAUGGACCUGCUGCAAGUACAGGAAGAGCUGAACAUUAUAAUCUCGAUUAUGGAGCAGCAGAUUGAACUUGUCAGCGGCUUACAGAACAUCCUG